CUGAAGGUCUAUUGAUAUCUGGUUCUGAUCUUUAUAAUUUAUAUUUAUUUGUUAGACCAAUUGUCUCUUUCAGGAAUAAUGGAGACUGGACCAGACAGUCUGUUUGUGACCCUCCUGCUUCUCCUCCACAGUUCACACUCUGAGUCUGGUAACUACAGUGCUAAUUCCUUCUGAGUCUGGUAACUACAGUGCUAAUUCCCUCUGAGUCUGGUAACUACAGUGCUAAUUCCCUCUGAGUCUGGUAACUACAGUGCUAAUUCCCUCUGAGUCUGGUAACUACAGUGCUAAUUCCCUCUGUGUCUGGUAACUACAGUGCUAAUUCCCUCUGAGUCUGGUAACUACAGUGCUAAUUCCCUCUGAGUCUGGUAACUACAGUGCUAAUUCCCUCUGUCUGGUAACUACAGUGCUAAUUCCCUCUGAGUCUGGUAACUACAGUGCUAAUUCCCUCUGAGUCUGGUAACUACAGUGCUAAUUCCUUCUGAGUCUGGUAACUACAGUGCUAAUUCCUUCUGAGUCUGGUAACUACAGUGCUAAUUCCCUCUGAGUCUGGUAACUACAGUGCUAAUUCCCUCUGAGUCUGGUAACUACAGUGCUAAUUCCCUCUGUGUGUGUGACUCAUGCAGCAACUAGUGCUUCCUUUUUGUGUGUGUGUGUGUGUGUGUUUGUGUGUGUGUGUGUGUGUGUGUUUGUGUGUUUGUGUGUUUGUGUGUGUGUGUGUGUGUGUGUGUGUUCGUGUGUGUGCAUUAUUACUUAGAUCUUUGGAUGUUUUGAAUGGCACAUUUCUAUGAAUUCCAUUUGACUGUCUGUGUCUCUUUAGUAAUGGGUAAUGUCCUAAAUGCUCCUUAAUGUCUGUCUUCUCUUCAGAGAGGUUUAAGGUCCUUGGUCCAACUGAUCCCAUUUUGGCUGUGGCUGGUGAUGACAUCAUUCUGCCCUGUUACAUCAAACCCAACAUCAGUGCUGAGGAGAUGACAGUGGACUGGCUGAACCUCGACUUCAAAGACGAGCGUGUCUAUCGUUACCAAAACCACAGAAUCAUACAAGAGGAUCAGAUUCCCUCCUAUAGAGAAAGAACUUCACUGUUUAAAGAGGAUCUGUGGAGGGGCAAUGCCUCUUUGAAACUGACCAGGGUACAAGGCACUGAUGAGGGAACUUACAAAUGCUUUAUUAAGGCACUGAGCUGGUAUGAUGAUUUCACUAUUCAAGUCCGCGUUAAAGGUGAGGUUGAUUUUCAUGUUAAUGUAAUAAUCUAUCUACAGUACAAUGACAUCACCUCUUUCCUUCAUAUUACUGGAUACAGUAUGGGUCUAUUUGUUCACAGCCUGUCACCAGUUAACAUCCAGUCUAUCUGUGUGUCUGUAGCUAUAGGAUCCAAGCCAGUGGUGUCCAUUGAGGGACACAGAGAGGGAGGGAUGGGUCUGCUGUGUGAAUCUGAAGGCUGGCACCCUGAGCCUGAGCUGGUGUGGCUGGACAGUAAAGGAGUCCAUCUCUCUGCUGGACCUCCUGAGACACACAGAGACUUCAAGGGAUUCUACACAGUCAAACAACAUGUCAUUGUCCAGGAGACUGACGCCAACCACUUUACCUGCAGAGUCCAACAGAGCCGGAUCAAUGAGAAGAAGGAGACAAUGGUUCACGUCCCUAGUGAGUAACACAACAUAAUAUUAUUUAGACA